AGUGUGGAGUGCAUCCUCGCAGCGGCAUUGUUGUGAUUCGUGCGCUUUCCGUAAAACUGUAAUAAUUGUUAUUUAUUUAGUUUACAAUACCCUGCUGGUUGUACCUUUAAUCAGAUCAAGGAAAAAAGUUUAAUAAAUUGCAAUAUAGUUUGCAAAUUCCAUCAAAAUGGAGAAACCGACUCCAGAAAGUCAGCUCAGAUCACUGCUGGCCAGUCCAUUGCCGAGACCACCAGGUACCAGCACUAUGAAGCUACAACCACAAAGCAGCAUGGUAAUGCAAAUACCCAUGCCAACCGGGCCACAGGAAGCCAUAAAUUCCAUGCUGGUAAGGAACUGUGUAGCCACAGUCAGUUUAGGCUGCGAACUGAAUCUUCAGGCCAUCAACUUCCGCCUGCGAAACUCCGAAUACAAUCCAGCUCGGUUUCACGGCGUCGUGAUGAGGAUACGCGAGCCCCGCUGUACGGCGCUGGUGUUCCGGUCGGGGAAAAUCGUCUGCACCGGGGCCCGCAACGAAGCCGAUGCCUACCUGGCGGCGCGGAAAUUUGCACGAAUCAUCCAGAAGCUGGGCUACAACGUACGGUUCCUGGAGUUUAAGGUACAGAAUUUGGUCGCCACCGUAGAUCUGCGGUUUCCCAUUCGGUUGGAGAAUCUGAACCAAGUGCACGGCCAGUUCAGCUCGUACGAACCGGAACUGUUCCCAGGGCUGAUCUAUCGGAUGGUGAAGCCACGGGUCGUGCUGCUCAUCUUCGUCAACGGGAAGAUCGUCUUCACCGGAGCCAAAUCGGAACGGGAAGUCGUCGACGGCCUGGAGAAUAUCUAUCCAAUUUUGCAGAGCUUUCGGAAAAACUAAGCUUGGUCAGCUUGGAGCUGCAUGGUUUUUAAAAAGGCUUACUUUAGAAGUAAGCCAGUGGUAAGGCGCUCUUUUGGGACCGACUUUGAGGAAAAUUUCCUCGUCUAGAUCAGCAUGAGUAAAAGGCGGGAAAAACCAGUAAACUCAAUGUUUCGGUUUGGCUCGGGCGGUUCUUUUCCCAUGUUGGUUUGGGCUCUGCAUUGUACAUAGAAUUAGAUUUAUGUUAUUAGAGUAAAGAUUAAGUAUA